CAACACUUAUCAUGCUGUUUCUUCUUUCACGAUUUCGGAUUUCGAUAAUGGAGAAUGCCGGCUUUCGGCAGCUAAGGUACUUUUUAAAUUUCGUUUUUAUUGACGUACGUGAUGAUAUUGUAAUUAGAAACGCAGAAUUCGAUGUGAUUGAUUGUAUAAAAUACAAUACUACUGUAAAUGAUGAUUUAAUUACGCGUCGUUCAACAGAUGUGAUCUCUGAGUGAAAUGUAGGUUUUUGUGAACAAAUCAAUAUGGCUCUCAAGCUUGGAAAAUGCAGACUAUGUCUCAAGCUCGGAGACUUCUAUUCCAUCUUUACGGUGGACAACAACUUACAACUCGCCGAAAUGGUUAUGGAAUGUGCCCGGGUUAAAAUAUACGACGGCGAUGGCCUACCAGAUAAAAUUUGCAGCGAAUGUAUUCAAAAACUCAGUAGCGCUCAUAUAUUUAAACAACAAUGCGAACGAUCUGAUCAAGAGUUAAGACGCAACUAUAUUCCUCCGCCAGGCUUUAGUUCACCAACACCACCCAACAGACAGAGCAGUGAUUCAGCAUUUUCGUCACAAACUGAAGUUUCUAAGCCAUCAUUGACAUUCGAAAGCAAAGUAACACCCGUUAGUAGAUCUCGUAAGCGAAGCGGUGAUAGUGUUGACAAUGCAUCUAUAAGCAGCCGUUCUCACGAUUAUCGACCUGGAAGUUCUAAACGCGUCGACGAACUACGAAUGUCUCAGAAGAAGCCUAGGCUUUCGAUUAAUUCGGAUUCUGAUUACGACGACAACAGUGCCUCAUUUUAUUCAGCUGAAACUGACUCUGACGAACCAUUACUACACAAAUGCAAACAAUGCGGUAAAGCAUUCAAGACUGUCAUCAGCUUAACAGCUCAUAUGAAAUGUCACAAACGAAAAAAUGCAUUGAAGAAUUUAUCUUUAGCCGCCCCGAAAGAAAUAAAAGAUGCUACAGAUGAAGAGGAUAAACUGUCAUGUGAUAAAUGCGGAAAGGAUUUUAAAUUGAAAAUAAUGUUAAAGCGCCACCACGAUAUCUGCAGCAAAUCUCCUCGAAAAGAAUUAAUGGUGUCAUUGGAACCGAUCGAUGCAAUACAGCAAGUGGUAAAAAUAGAUUGUCAAAUAUGCACAACAAAGUUCAAGACAGUCGAGAACUUGGAGAAGCACAUGAGGGUUGUGCACGCAGCUGUUCUGAAGAGGGAUAAUCCAACAACAAAUCCAAGCAACGAAAAUGGAAAAAUAUGCGUACCGUGUUUGUAUUGCGGUCAGCCAUUUGACGAUUAUUAUAACCAUAGCGCUCACUUCAAUACGUGCCCUCAAAAGAAUAAUCUCGCCACUUUUGAAUGCCCUGUUUGUACAAAAAUUAUAACUAAAAAGGGAUGUUAUUUCUUACACAUUAAAGCGCAUUUUUUUCCUUUGUCGUCUACUAAAUCUUUACAAGAAAUAAUAGCGAAGCAGGAAAACUUUCAGUGCCGUAUGUGUAACAAGAAAUUGCCUAGCCAAGAUUUGUUGAUAACUCAUCUAGCUGCUCACAUGUCUAAUAUGGACGAGGCUGACGAAGGCGGUGACGAAGAGUCUAGAGCAAGCACAAUAGACGAUUCAGCAUCAGUACAUUCCGAAUACAGUUCAAAUAUUUCUCGUGGACAAUUAAAAUGCAAAACUUGUGAUAAAUCAUUCAAAUACAAAAAAUCUUUAUUGACACACGAAGAAAAACAUUCUCAUGAUGAUAAAAUUAAAACGGAAACACCGGACAGGAACAAUUCGACAGACUUGUUAAACGAAACUACUAAGACCUUGAACCAGUACGAAUCAGAAUCGAGCCAAGACGAAGGCGAAGAAGAUAAUACCUGUGAUAUUUGCGAAAAGCAAUUCUCAUAUAGAAGGCUACUUUUACAGCAUAAACGAACCAAACAUCCCAUGACUUCAGGGUUUAAACGAGCUAAGAUUAAUUUGAAAAAUUGUUCCGUUCGGUGUUUGAUAUGCGACAUUGAAAUGAAAGUGAGUGAUAUUAACGAACACAAUCAGACACAUAUAACUGUUAACAUUAAGCCGAGAAAUUUAUACACGUGUAUGGAAUGCGAAGAGCAAUUUAAGAGUUGCAGUGCGCUGGCAAAUCACAUUAAAUUAGUGCACAGACUAAAGCAACAGCCAAGUAAAAUUAAUGCACCGCCAACAGAUUUGGCGGAUUUUUGUGAGGUCGUUGUGACGAAAGCGGAACCCCUGGACCAGCUCCAGAGUCACAACGGCUUUGGUGAGGUUUCCGCCAACGAUAGUUCACCCUCGGUCAACAUGAGUGGCUUUACUUGUCCAAUUUGUAACAAACAAUUGCCAACGUUGAUAUCUCUCAAAAGACACGUGAACUGGCAUAAUCAUGUUGGGAAAAGUAUGGAAAAGAAGUUGGAAUGCUUUGUUUGUAAAGAGACAUUCCGGUUUCAGUGUCAUUAUAAGAUCCACAUGCGUGAACAUUACAAUGACACUAAUCUUGAUCCAAAAUUGCUAACUUGCUCGAUCUGUAAUCGAAAGAGCAAACACCUCCGUGCGGCCCAGGCACACAUGAAUUACCACAAGCAGACACGUUUUCAAAAUAAAGACUAUGAGUGCUCGAUUUGCAAAAGAGUGUUCCAGCAUCGCAAAGUUUAUCUCUCGCAUAUGGCUAUUCAUUACAAACGCGGCGAGAGCGCCAAUAAUACAAUUGUGGGUUGUGUGCUACCGAACUCGGUCGAUAAGAAUAAAUUUGACGGCACGCAUACCUGUCAUCAUUGUGGUAAAAUUUGCGAUUCGGAAAACUCGCUUAAACAUCAUAUAAGUUGGCACAAUUCUAAGACGUCGUUAUUUGGUGCUCGACACGAAUGUCAUAUUUGUAAUUUGCAGUUCACAAACAAGAGGAGAUUAGAACUUCACACCAGAACACACUUCGAAGAUGAUAACGGCCCUUUUAAGUGUAAUAUUUGCGGAAAAGGUUUCAUAGAUGAAGAUUAUUACAAGAGACACGUAAAAGGUCAUAACUUUGAUCAUCAAUCGCAUAAAAAACGAAUAGAAAAGCUUAGGAAAAACAAAGUGAAGUGUCCGAUAUGUGCUCGUUACUAUCCCGACUUAGUAAAACUCAUUCGCCACUUGCGACGGACCCAUCCUGAGAGUAAAAUGAUAAAGGAGGAUCCGGACGCGCCACCUCCAAGCUAUUAUUCUUGUAAAUUGUGUGCUAAAGUUUUCUUAGACGAAAGAAGAUUACAAUUUCAUGAAGAAGCUCACCUGCGGAAGCCAGAAUUUUACAAGUGUAAAUUCUGUGGCAAGAAGACGAUAUCGUUAAAAAACCACAGGAUCCAUAUUAAAGGUCAUCUCACUCAAAAAUAUAUCGAUAAUCCAUUGAAAUGUCCACAUUGCAUCGAAACAUUUAUGCGUGGUUACGAUUUACAUUACCAUUUGCGGGACGCUCAUGACAUUAAUGAGACGUGGAUAGAGGAACGGCGUAGUCAGACAUUGGACGGUCCUUUAAAAGAGCUACAAUGUUCAAUAUGUUUCAAGGUCUUAGCCAGCAAAGGUAACUUUGAAAGACAUAUUGAUUAUCACAAUUCUCUAAGAUGUAAUUAUUGCUUCGAUUACUUUAGCUCUUUGAGAUUCCUGGAGGGGCAUCUCGCGUUCAGUUGUGACAAAAAGAAACUUAUCGGUGACACAGAAAUUUAUCCGAAAAAAGUAAAGUGCCAUGUUUGUUACAAAGCCUUCCAUUUGCAAGUGAAAUUAGAUUGUCAUUUACGUACCCAACACGGUAUAAAAACGUUUAAAAAAGCAUCCGAAGGAAAACAAGAAAUCGUUUGCGAUUAUUGCUUUAAAGUUUUUGAAAAUGAAUAUGCUCUCAGCACUCAUAAAAUAUAUCACCGUACAGUCGGCUACUAUGGAUGUAUAUAUUGUAGUAGGAAGUUUAACACAAUGACGUUGUAUAGGAAACACAAAAAUCAUCACUUCUCCCAGCUAAAUGUCGAUAAUCCAACGAAAUGUGAGCAUUGUGAUGAGACAUUCGUCGCGUUCAGAGAAAUGAUAUAUCACAUGAGAGAUGUUCACGGAGACGAUAAAGAAUGGGUUGUCCUACCAAAAGAAUCGAUAGAAGAAAAAUGUAAUAUUUGUCAGAAAACAUUCUUCAAUUUACACAGACAUUUAGAUUAUCACGAAGAAAACCGGUGCAAAAAAUGUAGCGAGUACUUCUUUUCCCGAGCGGACUAUGAUAAUCACCUCUGUGCUAUCGACAGCGAUGAGGAAGUCACUGAAACUAAUACGAAUGGCGUUCGGCCUGUAUACGAAGAAUGUAGUUUCUGUUUCAAACCUGUAACUCGAAAAAACUCAAAGCGUUUACACGAUCAAAUCCAUCGAGGAUCUGGUUCUAUUUCAUGCCGCUUCUGCCCACUUAAGUUUAAAACCAUGGAUGCUUUCAAUAUUCAUGCAUUUUCGCAUAGAAGUAGAAAAUAUAAGAAAAAACCAAUAAAAUGUCGCAAGUGCGGCGAGCAGUUUGUGAAGUAUGGUCCGUUCAUAAAACAUAUGAAGUUUGUUCAUAAGUGUUCUAAGAAGCUUCACUACAGAGCCACAGUGAUGGCUGAAAAGUGUAUUGUUUGUAAUGAAGAUUUUCCCAAUUUACAUAACCACUAUCGCGCCCAUUUGCAAAAUCAGUGUCGGCAAUGUCUCAAAUAUUUUACUUCAUCUAAAGUGUUUUCUCUCCAUGAAUGCGAUAAAGAAGAUUCGGAGCCGUCUAAAGUCUUUGUAUGUGACGCUAACUUAUCGGCGCUUAUUAACUCUUAUGUACCAAAAGAUGAAAAAGACGAUGAGAAAUAUUACGGUCACGAAGAGGAGAAAGAAGACGAGAUAGUAAACCAAGAGACGGUGACGCAAGAUGAAGACAGUCAGAAUUCUAUAGACAUUGACGAAGGAAAUGUGCAUGAUAUGGUGCAUGUUCCAAUUAUAUCCGAUGUGUUGUCGCUUUUUACGAAAAAGGAAGUUAAAAGUAAAUGUAAUGUUGAAAACAAUGGACAAAACAGUGUUAGUGGCAACAUUGUGGUUCUUACUGAUGAUGAUUCUAUAGGUUUUGAGGAAAAUGUACCUGUUAUAACGAUAGAUGAUUAAGUUUUAAUAUUGAUUAGAUGCAAAAUGCCUAGAUAGCUUUUAGAUAAGGUCUAUAUCUGAGAUAGGAUUCCGUGACUCUGAAUUUUUUUAUAGCUAAUUUAAAAUUAUCAGAAAAUCUUACCGGUUUGACGAUUAUGUUAUAUGAAUUAUUAAAAAACAAUUUACUAUUUAAUUAAUUACAUUUGCUAAUAUUUUAUAAUGUUUAUGAUAUGACCAUUUUUGACAUCAAUUACAGUAUUUCUUAGCUGUAUAUCUAUUUUUGGAAUAUUGCAUGUCUGCACUGUUUAUUACACUGCAUUUACUUAGAAAUAGGAAAUUUAUAUAAUAUCGCGAUUUUAUUUUAUUAGUAUAUUAUUUUAAAUUUUUUUGGAAAGUGAUUAUUAUGGAAGACCAAAGAAAGGUUUUGAUAAAAAUGUCUUAUUGGUGUAUUUGUUAUAUUCUUUAUUACAUGGUCAGUUACAAUUUAAUUUCAUCGACAGUCAUAUGUAAAUAUUAUACUAAUCACCAGCUAUAAGGCUGCCAUAUUGUUAAUAAAUUAUCGUCAUAGAAAUAUACUUUAGUUGUAGGAUUGGUUAAUUCAUUGUUUCUAUAUGAAAUAGAUAAGACAUUAAGUAACUCGAGUAUGUCAUGCUUUCUAAUAAGCAUCAGUUAUUAUUUUGUGUAUGUCUCCUAGUAAUGGUGGAUUUCAAAUAAAUAUUUCCUUUAGAGUAAGAAUAAGCUCCAACACCUUCUCCUCAAAAAGAGGAGAGGAGGCCUUUAGCCCAGCAGUGGGACAUUCACAGGCUGUUACGGUACGGAGUAUUUUUUUUAAUUUGCUAUAACAACUGGCAUAUCCCCAAAAGAUACUAGUCCGAAUGACUUAUUACUUAGGAUUUUUCUUUUUCAUUGCUAUUUGUGGGUUACAAAAGUAAAUGUUUGACACAAAAUGACAAAUAUAAAAUCUUUGUCUCUAUUACCACACUUAAAUAUAUGUGUUAAAAUAAUACUAACUUGUUCUUCCAAAAAGCACUGUCAAAUGUGGUAAAUAGCUAAAAUCUCUAAGAUUCGAUGUACCUCUGGUAUUGCUAUGAUUUUAUUAUUGUUUUGUAGACAAUUCAAUAUAUAUUUAUAUAUAUAUAGUAUUUAUUUUAUAAGUAUAAAUUACAGCUUUCGACUUGAAAGUACCUAAUAUAAUAAGUAUA